UAUCUCUUCUUCGUCGCUGUCUUCGUCUCUCAUCGUCGCUCGCUCUCACUCUCAACUCCGCUCGCUCUCGGUCCCAUCGAUCCCUCUCUCGCCGCCGCGCCGGCGACGACGGAGAGCGCCGCCGCUCCCCCCCCUCCUCCCCGCCGGCCCAAUGGUCGUCCUCCGGUCCCGCGCCAUAGCUCCGGCGAUCGGGUCCCCGCCCAAGAAACGCAAGGGAGCGGCCGGAAUCGAGCCGAUCACCCCCGCCCGCGCCGCCGAGCCCCCCGCCGCCGCCGCCGCCGCCGACCAGUCUCCCCCAGUCCUCCGCCCCGGUCCCGAGCCCGGGCGCCGGUGCGGCCGGCCCCGGCGCAGUCCGGCGGCGGAGCCUCCGCCUGGCGUCGGCCGGGGAGGCCGCCGACGGGAUGGCCUCGUCCGGGGCUCGCAAGAGGAAGAGCGGUCCGGUUGGGGAUGAGAAGGUUGGGGUUUUGGAUUUGGACGGUGGGGAUGAGCGCGGGGGGAUUGGUUCCGCGGUGGAGCCGGUGGGAGACGCGCCGCGCCGAGAAGGUAAUGCGGAUGACGGCGAGGUAAAGGACUUUAAUGUGGAUUUGGAUUUGAUGAAUUUUUCCGAGGGCGAUGGAUGUGGGGGGUUUACGAGUUUGAGGUCGGGGAAUAUUCCUGCUAAGAGAGGAUUGAAAGUGAGAGAUGCGCUACUCGUGGCCAGCGGCGAUGAGCCGGCGAAGGUAAGCGAAGUGGAGGCGGAUGAUAAGAUAGAACUAGCUGGCAGAGUUAGAGAUGGCGUUGAGGUGAAGCUUUUUGGUGUAGACCUGAGGGAGAUUGUAAACGGUUCUGUUAGGGACAAAGAGAGAAAUAGGAUUGAGGAUAAAGGAAAGGGUAUAUCGAUCGACAACGUUGGUACGAGUCUAUCUUUGAAAAGCGGGUGUGAUGGAAUUGGUGACGUGAGGAGGAGAGGAAAAUAUAGUGCUGCGGAAAAAGGGAAAGCUAAGCUGGUAGAGGUGCAUAACUUCUUACCAUCCAACGGGAGUGAUGUAGGUUCAUAUCAAGAUAGUGUUGUCUUGGAUGAUAGCACGUGCCAAAUGGACGACGCGAGGAUUCAGGUUGAGACACCGUCAAGGAGGACCAGGGCGAAGCUAAACGAAGCCGUGGUACUUGAUAAGAGGGAAAGGUUUAAGGAGAUAGCAAAGUCAAAUGCAUCGCGGUUUGCUCAUUUCAACCCUGAAGAAGAGGCGGAAGAGAGCAAUUUGACACUAGAGGUUGAAAGAAAUGCGGAAGUGGCAUCUGUAGAAGCACAUCAGGACCCUGAAGAUUGGCCGGGCCCAUUCUCCACUGCCAUGAAGAUUAUUAUGGAUCGCUCAUCUAAGCUGAGUGCACAGCAGACACGCUCCUCUUUGGAGAAAUCCAAGUCUCCUGUCAUAAAAUGGGUUCCAAGAAAAGAUCAAGGUCGUGAACUCAUAAAGCCAGUGCCGCCUUCGCUGCAAGAACUGUGCAUAAAAGUCCUUGCUGACAAUGUUGAUGCAAUUAGUUCACUUGAAGGUGUCCCAGAUGCACUGAGGCACAGGCUGUGUCAGUUGUUAUGUGAUUCCAGGAGAAUUAAUGCUCAUUUUUUUGACCUACUUAUCCAAGGAUGUCCGACUGAGUUAUGCAUAAGGGAUUGUUCGUGGCUGACUGAGGAACAGUUUGUUAAAUCUUUCAGUGAAUGUGAUACUAGUGGCCUGUCGGUUCUACAACUUAACCAGUGUGGGCGCUGUCUGGCAGACUACAUUAUAUCUUCCUCAUUAGCAAAAUCAGCAAAUAGCUUGACUGCCUUAUCUACUAUAUCUAUCAGUGGCGCAUGCCGUCUUACUGAUGUUGGAUUAAGGACUCUCGUUUCUGCUGCACCGGCAAUUAGAUCCAUAAAUCUCAAUCAGUGUUCCCUUCUGACUUCCACCAGUGUUGAAACAUUAGCCAACACACUGGGAUCAGUUUUAAAGGAAUUGUUUAUAGAUGACUGCCAAAGCAUUAAUGCUAUGCUCGCUCUACCGGCUUUGAAGAAGUUUGAACAUUUGGAAGUUUUGUCCGUAGCUGGCAUGCAGUCUGUAUGUGAUGAUUUUAUCAGAGAGUUUAUCUUUGUACGAGGACAUCAUAUGAAGGAGCUUGUUUUGGGUGAUUGCCCGAAUUUGACUGACGCCUCCUUCAAGGUCAUUGCUGAAAUGUGUCCUGGGUUACUUUCCCUCGACAUUGUGAACCUGAUCAAAUUGUCAGAUGCUGCAAUUGGGCAUCUUGCAAAUGGUUGUCAAGGAAUUCGGAAACUUAUUCUCCGGCGUAACACUUUCAGUGAUGAAGCUACUGCUGCUUUUCUGGAAACUUCUGGAGAACGGUUGGAAGAACUUUCACUCAAUAAUGUCAAGAAGGUUGGACACAACACAGCCAUAUCACUUGCCAAGCGAGCUAAGGAUUUGCAGAUUUUAGAUCUGUCCUGGUGUCGAAGUUUGACAGACGAGGCCAUGGGCUUAAUAGUGGAUAGCUGCUCAUCGUUGAAGGAACUUAAAGUUUUCGGAUGCAGUCAGAUCACUGAUGCAUUUCUAGACGGCCAUGCAAAUCCUGAUGUACACAUCAUUGGGUUGAGACUGUCGCCAAUUUUAGAGCACCUCAAUGUUCCUGAGACUGUAGGUCUAUUGCGAUAUUCCUGAGUGGCUUCUUUCAGCAAUUUUUUUUUCCAUAGAUUUGCCAAAAUCUAGAACCAAGUUUUUGAACAGAGGAUACAAGAUCUUUUUGUUUCGUUUGUGACAUGACCCCUCAGCAUCCUUCACCUAACCAAAAUGCUGAUCAAUGGUACUUUCUGGAAGCAUUAGCAUUUUUGGAAUCUAUGCUUCUUGACCUUCGAAGUAGAAGCCUUGGUUGAACACUGCGCAAGCACUCGAGUGCUGACUGUAUUGACGGUGAACAUUCUCAUGAUAUCAUAGUACCCCAAUUGGGCAUUCUCCCUUUUACUAUUUCUGCAAUUUCUACAUGCAAUGAGAAGUAACCCUGUUUUGCAA